CACCCUUCCUUCUUUCCUCCAUCACCUUUCCCCCUCGACAGAGUCGACUUGGACGUCCUCGCUUGAAGCAGAGACGCAUAUCGAACAUUCCGAUCUUUUUAUUUCAAAGACCAAGCUAGCAAAUUAGUUUAUCCAAACAUCUCACUUUCAUUCAUUCUUUUAAUUCUCGAAAAUGAAGUUCACGACUGCUCUUAUCGCGACAACUGCUUUCGUCAUGUCCGUCUCUGGCAUGCCAGUUAAACGGGACGUGGAUCCCAAUCUAGUACCCCAGUUUGGACUCCAGGCAGGAUUGAACCCGACUGGGACUGGUGAUUGUGAUGGUAUUCCAGGAGGACCCAAGAUCCCUUGUUCUUGCCCUCCUGACCGUGCUGAGUUCAUUCGGCAACUCAACGCCAACGUCAAUGCUGGCCACGCAGUCAACAACCCAUCUGUUGCCGUCCAAUUCCCGACAAGUAACUCCAAAGAAGACCAGAUCGCUCGUAUUCAAGCAUCUUUGGUGACUUUGCAGAACCUCAAGGGUCCAGGCGUGGGGUGCCCUGCUGCUUCAACCACCUUCGUAAAACAACAACAGGCUAUCGAAAGUGGCGCUGCACCCCCCGCACCCCCACCUGCUGCACCUGCCCCACCACCACCACCACCAGCAGCCGCUCCUCCUGCUGGAGGCGUUCCCGCCAACCUCAUUCCUGAAUACGGUCUCCAAGCCGGAUUGAAUCCAACAGGAACUGGUGAUUGUGAUGGUAUUCCAGGUGGACCCAAGAUCCCUUGCUUCUGCCCUCCUGAUCGUAAUGACUUUAUCAAGCAAUUGAACGACAACGUCGCCGCUGGACACGCGGUCAAGAAUCCAGCAGCACCCGUUUCAUUCCCGACUGGUAACUCCAACGAUGAUCAACGCCAACGUCUCCUUGCUUCGCUCAUUACCCUGCAGAACAUGAGAGGUUCUGGUGUUGGUUGCCCGGCUGCUUCGACAACUUGGGUGAAACAACUCAACGCGUUGUAAGCAAUACACAAAGUCGUAGCAACGUUUACGGGUUUUUACCCCCGGAGAAAUGGUUGGAUUAACCCCCAUCCGGUCAUGCUUGCGUGGCCCCUCACAUUAGCUAGCACAUCCCCCAUUGUCUUUGAUUUUGAAGAUUGUUCGUCAGUACCUAUGAAGGUUGAAAUAAAGGAAGAGUGCACCA